AUGAUUCCCAUCACAGAGCUCCGGUACUUUGCUGACACCCAGCCAGCGUACCGCAUCCUGAAGCCAUGGUGGGACGUUUUCACCGACUACAUCUCCAUCGUCAUGCUGAUGAUCGCAGUGUUCGGUGGGACGCUGCAGGUCACACAGGACAAGAUGAUCUGCCUGCCUUGCAAAUGGGUCGUCAACGACUCGUGCGAGACCAUGCCUAUCCCAAACGCUUCCCACCGCCCGGAGCCCAAAGGCAUUCAGUACGACCUGGACCGGCAUCAGUACAACUACGUGGACGCCUUUUGUUACGAAUACAAGCUCCACUGGUUUGCCAAGUACUUCCCCUACCUGGUGCUGCUGCACACUCUGGUCUUCUUGGCGUGCAGCAACUUCUGGUUCAAGUUCCCGCGCACGAGCUCUAAACUGGAACAUUUUGUCUCCAUCCUGCUCAAGUGCUUCGACUCCCCGUGGACAACGAGGGCUUUGUCUGAGACGGUGGUGGAGGAGAGCGACCCCAAGCCCGUGGGCAAAAUGAACGGCUCCAUGGACAAGAAGACGUCGAGUGUGAGCGAGGACGUGGAGGCCAGCGUGCCCAUGCUGCAGCGGACCAAGUCCCGGAUCGAACAGGGCAUCGUGGACCGCUCGGACACCGGGGUGCUGGACAAAAAGGAAGGGGAGCAGGCCAAGGCGCUUUUUGAGAAGGUGAAGAAAUUUAGGAUCCACGUGGAGGAGGGAGACAUAGUGUACCGUCUGUACAUCCGUCAAACAAUAAUCAAGGUAAUCAAGUUCAUACUCAUAAUCAGUUACACGGCCUACCACGUGGGAUGCAUCACGUUCAGCGUGGUGUGCCAGGUGGACAUUGAGAAACUGACCGGGUACAGAGUGUUUCAUUGCGCGCACCCAUUAGCGACCCUGUUCAAGAUUCUGGCCGGUUUCUACAUUAGCUUGGUGGUGGUCUACGGCCUCGUCUGCAUGUACACCCUGUGUUGGAUGCUCAGUCGCUCCCUCAAAAGAUACUCCUUCGAAUCAAUCCGAGAGGAAAGCAGUUACAGCGACAUCCCUGACCUGAAAAACGAUUUUGCCUUCAUGCUGCACAUGAUAGAUCAGUACGAUCCCCUGUACUCCAAGCGCUUUGCCGUCUUUCUGUCCGAGGUCAGCGAGAACAAGCUGAGGCAGCUGAACCUGAACAACGAGUGGACGUUAGAGAAGCUGAGGCAGCGCAUCACCAAGAACUCCCAGGAUAAGCUGGAGCUGCACCUCUUCAUGCUCAGCGGGAUCCCAGACACCGUCUUUGAUCUGCUGGAGCUGGAGGUGCUGAAGCUGGAGCUAAUCCCGGACGUGACCAUCCCCCCAAUCAUCGCUCAGCUGUCCAACCUGAGGGAGAUGUGGCUCUACCACACUCUGGCCAAGAUCGAGGCUCCGGCCUUGGCUUUCUUAAGAGAGAACCUGAAAUCGCUCCACAUCAAAUUCACCGACAUCAAGGAGAUACCGUUGUGGAUCUACAGCCUGAAAAACCUCAGCGAGCUGCACCUGACGGGGAACCUGAGCUCCGAGAACAACCGUUACAUCGUCAUCGACGGGCUCAGGGAGCUAAAAAGCCUCAAAGUGCUGCGUCUGAAGAGCAACCUGACCAAGCUCCCGCAGGUGGUGACCGACGUGGGCGUGCACCUCCAAAAGCUCUCCAUCAACAACGAGGGCACCAAGCUGAUGGUCCUGAACAGCCUGAAGAAGAUGGUCAACCUGACGGAGCUGGAGCUGCUGCGCUGCGACCUGGAGCGCAUCCCGCACUCCAUCUUCAGCCUGCACAACCUGCAGGAGAUCGACCUGAAGGACAACAACCUGAAGACCAUCGAGGAGAUCAUCAGCUUCCAGCACCUGCACCGCCUGGUCUGCCUGAAGCUGUGGUACAACCAGAUCGCCUACAUCCCCAUCCAGAUCGGGACGCUCACCAACAUGGAGAGGCUCUACCUGAACAGGAACAAGAUCGAGAAGAUCCCCAGCCAGCUCUUCUUCUGCCGCAAGCUGCGCUUCCUAGACCUGAGCCACAACAACCUGACCAGCAUCCACCCCGACGUGGGCUUCCUCCAGAACCUGCAGUACUUUGCCGUGACGGCCAACAGGAUUGAAACUCUGCCUCCGGAGCUGUUCCAGUGCAAGAAACUCCGCACCCUGAACCUGGGGAACAACUGCAUCCAGACGCUGCCCUCGCGCUUCGGGGAGCUGACCGGGCUGACCCAGCUGGAGCUGAGGGGGAACCGCCUGGAGUGCCUCCCCGUGGAGCUGGGAGAGUGCCGGCUGCUGAAGAGGAGCGGCCUGGUGGUGGAGGAAGACCUGUUCAACACCCUGCCCACAGAGGUCAAAGAGCAGCUCUGGAGGGCCGAUAAGGAGCAGGCCUGA